AAAAAAAAAAAAAAAAGGGGGAAUCAGAGAGAGAGAAGCAAACAAAGGCAGCGAAGUCUUUCUCUCUACCUCUGUAGCUGCUGGUCUUUCUUUUGGUAGCGGAGAGGAGGCAAAACAGCAAAAGGCAAAAAGGCUUAAAAUCUCUUUCACUCUUUCGUAAGCUUAUUUCUUUUAUUUUUCUGUUGAAUUUACGUUUUCUCCACUCUUAGUUCUCUCGUUUAGUUUCAAGUAUCUCCCCUUAAUCUAAUGUUAUAAUUCAAAUUCUUCGGUUCUUGCACAUGCCAUCUUUAUUUUCCCUUCAUCUCCCCAUUGUGGCAUAUUCAGACCCCUGUUUUUUUUGGCAAGAUUUUGAUUCCAAUUCAGUGUCUUCGGUGUUUUGGCAAAAUUAGGGCUGUUUGGGGGUUUAGGGUACCCUUUAGGGUUCAACUUCUAAAGGUUUGAUUUUGAAGGGAAAUUUUGCUUUUUUGGGGUGUUUUUCGUUAGUGGGUAUUUGCUUAAAUAGCUUUGAAUUUUGUUUGUUCUGAAUGUUUUAGAUUUUGGUGGGUGUUUAUAUUUUCCCGGUGAAUUAGAUUAGUGAUGUCUGUGAACAACAAUAAUCCCCCCAAGAGCCUUGGGGCGUCUUCGUCGCCCUUUGGUAAUGCGGGGAUGGUAGCUCCAUCUAUGGCUGGAAACCCUGCAUUCUCACAAGCACAGGCACAACUUAGUGCUGGUUUUCAAGCUCAGUUUCAGCUAUCGCAAGUUCAGGCUCUUGCCCAGGCUCAGGCUCAGGCUCAGUCAAAAGCACAUGCUCAUGCUCAAGCUCAAGCACAGGUAGCCCAUGCCCAAUUCCAAGCACACCUACAAGCUCAAGGGUUGUCCCUUAACCAGUCUCAGAAUGCGGGCAUUGGGAAUUUAGGUUCGUCUUCGCCCUCCAUGUCUACUCCUGGCAGUGCAAAGAGGAUCCUUCAAAAGCCCCCUGUGCGUCCUCCUGGUGUUCCUAUGACAAACACAAUGUCCCCUUUGAGAACAAUGGAACUUACACCCGCUGCACGUAGAAAGAAGCAGAAGCUUCCUGAGAAACAGCUACAGGAUAGAGUGGCAGCGAUUCUUCCUGAAUCUGCUUUGUAUACCCAGCUUCUUGAGUUUGAGGCACGUGUUGAUGCUGCAUUAGCUCGGAAAAAAGUUGACAUCCAGGAAGCACUUAAGAACCCACCUUGUGUUCAGAAAACUCUUCGAAUAUAUGUUUUCAACACAUUUGCUAAUCAGAUAAAGACAAUUCCAAAGAAGCCUAAUGCAGAGCCCCCUAUGUGGACCCUUAAGAUUAUUGGGAGAAUCUUGGAAGAUGGGGUAGAUCCAGAUCAGCCUGGGUUUGUUCAAAAAACAAACCCCUUGUACCCAAAGUUUUCAUCUUUCUUCAAGAAAGUGACAAUUUCCUUGGACCAGAGACUAUAUCCGGAGAAUCAUAUCAUUAUAUGGGAGCAUGCCCGAUCACCUGCACCUCAUGAAGGUUUUGAGGUGAAGAGAAAAGGGGAUAAGGAAUUCACUGUGAAUAUACGAUUGGAAAUGAAUUAUGUACCUGAGAAGUUCAAGCUUUCUUCUGCUUUGAUGGAAGUCCUUGGUAUUGAGGUUGAUACGCGACCCAGAAUAAUUGCUGCAAUUUGGCAUUAUGUAAAGGCUAGAAAACUUCAGAACCCAAAUGAUCCAUCUUUCUUUAAUUGUGAUGCACAACUUCAGAAAGUUUUUGGGGAGGACAAAGUGAAAUUCACCAUGGUUUCGCAAAAGAUAUCACAGCAUUUGGCUUCACCACCACCCAUACAUUUGGAGCAUAAGAUCAAACUUUCUGGGAAUGGUCCUGUUGGAACUGCAUGCUAUGAUGUGUUAGUUGAUGUGCCCUUUCCUAUACAGAGGGAAUUGUCUGCUCUGUUGGCAAAUGCAGAGAAGAGCAAAGAGAUUGAUGCUUGUGAUGAAGCAAUAUGUGCUGCCAUUCGGAAAAUUCAUGAGCACCGUAGAAGGCGUGCAUUUUUCCUAGGGUUCAGUCAAUCACCAGUGGAAUUUAUUAAUGCUUUAAUUGAGUCUCAGAGCCGGGAUCUGAAAUUGGUAGCUGGAGAAGCUAGUCGAAGUGUUGAAAGAGAACGGCGUUCAGAUUUCUUCAACCAACCAUGGGUUGAAGAUGCUGUUAUCCGAUAUCUGAAUCGCAAGCCAGCGGCAGGAAGUGAUGCCCCAGGAAGCACAUGAAUGAUGGAUGGCCUGCAAUGUUUUGUCAAUGAUUUGAAUCAUGUAGCAAGUGUAGACCAUUCCUUUAAUGGAGGUAGAAUUGUAAUGUUGUUGGAUGGUGAUUCAGAGGGAUGUAGAAACAGGAAGUAGCAUGUUUAGGCAUAAUUAUGAUCAAACUUAAUAACAAAAAAAAAAAAAAUAGAAAUUAGCAAGAUAGUUUUUGUUUUGUUCUAUUUGUAAUUUAUAAAUGGUAGACUCCUGGGCCUGGCUGCUUUCAUGGUUUGACUUUAAUGGUCCUUUUUGGUUUAUAUCAUGGAAAUGCAAAUGGUAUCCUUGAAUUUA